AUGGAAAGGAAAAGCGGGUGUUUCCUCAACUCCUUCAGCUUCACGCUGGAUUACGGGUCGUUCCGGUACAUACUCCUGGGCUGCAGUGGGCCACUCAGAGGCUGUUCUGAUUGCAGCUCUUUCACACCUCGUAUCAACUACCCGGAGUCCCAAGGCCUCCGUCCCCAGAAAUUGAAUGGUCCCACCGGCGGCCGCCACGUUUCUCUGCGGAUUCUCGGAGCGAAGCCUCCCGGCCUGCCCAGAAAGGCGGAAAACCCUUCCCACAGUGGCCCACGACGCCCCCGGGCCGCGCCGGCGCCGCGCCGAGGCCUAGCGUCCCAGCGUCCGGCCCAGGCCUCGGGAAACCGCAGAGCUGCAGCAAGCCUUCCUCCCCGGCUCCGCAGGGCUUCCGCGCUCAGCCGGGGCCGCGACCCGGUGGCGCGUCUUUCUGGUCCCGGCAGCUUUUGA